AUGCGGGGGGUGUUGACGCGCAGCACCUGCCGACUCGCCUCUGUCCAAGAAGGGACGCGACUGGCUGAUGUCUACCAGUUCCUUAUCACCAAGAAGCCGGUGGAGUACGACUAUGUGGCGAUUGACGUGAACUCCUUUGUCGGUGUCGCCAUGCGCAUCACCAGGAGCAUGUCUCCAGAGCAGCGACGCAACAAGGAGGCUUCGCGGCACGUCCUCAACUCCAUCAUGCAGAUUCUGCGCCGCGUGGUCUGUCGUCACUCUCUUCUUCUCGCCCUUGACGGCCCGGACACGCUUGCAAAGGCGUACAAAUGCCGCGCCACGUUGUCUACACGGCGACUGGACGUGCAAGCUCAGCGCCUCCCUGGUGGGUCGCUAAUGCGCGCGAUGGAGGAUCGCAUAGUCAAGUCGAUGCCGUUGGGGCGCGGGCUGAUUCCCGGCGAGGUGGUCGUCUCUGGUGUCAACGUUGAGGGCCCGGUGGAGCGAAAGGUGACGGCAUGGGCGCUCGACUUGGCGUGCCGUGACGGGGCGCAGCACACCUCCAAAUCCAUCUGUCUCAUCGGGGCGGGGGAGCUGUGGCUGAACGUGCUCGCCCUCACGCCCUACUUCCAGGGUACGAGCAUCUUGCACGGAUCCUCCGACUUGCGCCACAUGACGCUCAGCGAUUCCCUGAGGUGGCUCGAACUCGGCGAUGACCUGUUGAGCGGCGAUACACGGGCCAUCACGACAGCGCGGACCGAUGCACUGCUGCUUUACCUGCUGUGCCACGGCUGCUCUGCAACAGACCUCUCUCCGCUGUCCGGCUCCAGCUUUUCGAUUCUCAUGGCGGCAUACCAUACUCGACGCCGCGAGGCUGCAGCGACCGCUGGUGCGGCGGUCGGGACACCAGCUUUUCAGCUCAUCCGCGAGCAGCCCAGUGGUGGCCUGGGGCUUGACGUGCAAGCGUUCUACCUACUCUUUGUAGCCGAGAGGGAUGUGGCGGCAACGAUGCAGUCGCUGGCGGCGCUCGACUUGCCGGCCGCGGGUAAGAGCCCAUGCGCGGCGCCGGUGCAGCCCUUCUCUCUCCCGCCUUCUGCACCAGACAACAGUGCACCAGAUGAGCCAAUGCGUGACGUCAAUGCAUGCGAACUGUUGUACAGCAGCUAUCUCAGCCACCUGCUCAGAUCCCAUCACCUCUUCUGCUACGGUGAAGUACUCGGUCGGUCUCGUAUUCCAGCGUACAUGGAGGCAGAGGUGAGAAUGGGGAGGCUUGGCCCCAGCGGUGCCGUGGGUGUCCGCGCCAGCGUGGUCACUGUGGGCAAUUGGGCCCGCUACCUGCUUCGCUGUCUCCAGCGCGGGGGGCGCUACGCUUUCGCAAGUGACGCAGGGGUUGAGCUACGCUGCAGCACCUCUAAGUGCCCCCUACCCGACACGGCAGACGCCAGUGCGCCGCCGUUGGCCACGGGAGCUGACACGAAGCGAGAUGUUGACCCGGGAACUCCCAGCGCCACAGUUACAGCGACGGCAUCCGACGCACGUGUUGCGUUGUCAUCCGCUGCUCCCGCUGCGCUAGACAAGACCGCGUACUACCCUUUCUGGUCCUCCACGCAGCCGCUGACGGCAGCCGAGUACACAAUCCUUAGCACCCCGAAUCAGGGCAUCCUCGACCCACUACUACUGGACUACGUACCGGGGGCACCGUCGGCGCUGCGCUCCGAGCUGCCGCGGACGCUCACGUCUGCGCAGGCGGACCUCCAAGAACUUCGCAGUUCACUGCAGCAUUUCUUCGCGCACGCGCCGGCUGAUCGGCCCCACCCGUCACUGUGCCUGGCGCCGUCCUAUCACUGGAGUCAAAACGAAAAGAGCAAGGUGUGGUCGAUGCGGUACGUGGACUUGGGCGUCGUCGCAAAGCAGCAGGGCGUCCGCCACGCACGCAGCCUCUUGCCUGGAAUGCACAUGGAGCAGCAGGAGUCGAAGGACGGCGCCGUGGCAUUUGACACCGAAUCACAGGCCUGGACCUCACAGCUGCGCAACUUUGCUGUGACCACAGCCUCGGAGCAACGACUACGGCAGCAGGAGGACGCGCCGGCUGAAGGGGCAUCGUCAUCCUCCCUGGCAGCCGCGGCUGUUGCUUCUGUGGCAGCGGCCGAGGUGCCAACGCUGAGGGUUCUCACGUGGAAUGUCAUGUUCGAUCGGUACAGCAACCAACCUACCCCACUCGGUAUGCCAGGCAUUGACUGGUGCAGCCCGAAGCGGUACCCGGUGCUGGCAAAGCUUAUCGAUGCCGAGGACGCUGAUGUGGUGGGGAUGCAGGAGGUGGAGCGGCCGUUUGCUGAGUACCUUGCAGCGCAGCCGUGGUGCCGCGAGCGGUACAUCAUGUCCUGCAGUCCUGGGAGCUCCAUCUUGCAUCCAUGGGGCGUGCUGCUGCUUGUGCGCCGUGGCGGGCGAUGGCCACUGCAGCAGCUGAAACACCUGAACGUGCCGGCGUGGUCAGGCCAUGUCUCCCUCAUGCCAGUGGCAACGUUGGAUUUGACUGCUGCCACUGCCCACAGCGGCAAAAGCGUCACCGAAGGUGACGACUCAGCGGGAAAGAGCGGCAAGAGAAGAUCUGCAGUAUCGCCGUGGGUGGUAAACGUCUGUUCCGUACACUUGCUGGCUCCAUUUGUGAAGGUGAAUGAGGUGGCCCGCACGGGUCAGGAUCAGGCUCUGCGUCACGCGCUGACGCGGCAGCUGCAGGGCGACACGCUCGUAAUGGGCGACUUCAACGACUGGCCGAGCAACGAGUUCCUCAUGCCCCCUGAGACGCGGUAUGCCGAGUGCUGGCCCAUCGUCCACCCCAAUGACUACGGAAAAACAAUGGACGAGUCAAACACGUUCUGCAAGCUGAAGAUUGAAGAAAUCUUCUUUGGCCGAUCCGACAAGGUGUUCCUUCGGACAGGCACCGCCGCAGCUUCAAGUCACACCCGCGGCGUGCUGAAGCCGGUGGAAGCGCAUCUAGUGGGAACCCGAAGCGUCAAUGUCGAAAACAGCAAUCAAGAGGCGCCAGCAUAUUUGUUUCCGUCUGACCACUACGGCGUCAGCAUGCAGUUCCAAGUGCUCUGA